AUGUGGGGCUGGGGCAAACAGGAAAAGGCUGAUGACACCCAGUCGUCGCCGGGAAUGUGGGGCUGGGGCGAAGAGGAAGAGGAAGAGGAAGAGGCUCAUGACGAGCAUCGCACCCGGUCGUGGCCGAUAGUGUGGGGCGAAGAGGACGAGACUGAUGACGAGGAGGACACCCGAUCGCCGCCGACAUCGUGGGACGAAAAUACUGAUGACGAGGAUGUUCCCUCCGGGAGUUCCGAGGACGUUCCUUCCGGGAGUUCGGAGGACGUUCCCUCAGGGAGUUCCGAGGACGUUUCUUCGGGGAGUUCCGAGGAUGUUCCCUCCGGGAGCUCCGAGGAAGAGGAGCCCAUGUACAAUUACAGCACGGUGGAUGAGGUCAUUACUGCACUGAGAGAAGCUGGGCUUGAAUCAUCAAAUCUGAUUUUUGGCAUUGACUUCACCAAAAGCAACGAUUGGUCAGGUAAGCAUUCCUUCGGAGGAGAAUCUCUGCAUGCCAUUAGUCGCACCCCAAAUCCAUAUGAGCAAGCCAUUUCUAUUAUUGGGCGAACACUAUCACCUUUUGAUGAUGAUAACUUGAUACAAUGCUUUGGAUUUGGUGAUGUUUCCACAUGUGAUCAUUCCGUCUUCAGCUUUUACGAAGAUUACCGUCCUUGUUGUGGUUUUGAGGAGGUUCUUGACAGAUACAAACAAAUGAUUCCAUAUUUGGACCUUUCAGGACCAACUUCUUUUGCACCUCUUAUCUACGCGGCGAUUUCAGUUGUUGAAAACAGUAACUACCAACAUCAUGUCCUCGUCAUCAUAGCUGAUGGACAGGUAGCCACCUCAAAGUCUUACAGCAUCGUAAGUCCACAAGAAGAGGCAACUAUACAAGCACUUAUUGAUGCUAGCUUCUAUCCUCUUUCAAUUGUGAUGGUGGGAGUGGGCGAUGGACCAUGGGAUGAAAUGCAGCCUGCUGAUGAGGGUAUUCCUGCCAGGGCUUUUUACAAUUUCCAGUUUGUGAACUUUACUGACAUCAUGUCAACAAGCAAGGAUAUGGAGAAGAAGGAGGCUGCAUUUGCCUUUGCAGCUCUGAUGGAAAUACCCACUCAAUACAAAGCGGCCCAAGGCCUCCUACCUCCAGAGUACUCGUGGCACGAAGAAAUGGCUGACCCUUGGAUGAUCCUUCCGCCACCAAUUGAAGUCCUUGAACGUGACGAUGCUGUUGCAGCUACCUAUGCUCCAGCCGCAACCUUCCAGUUAACCGAUGUUGGCAAUGGCGCUUUGGAUGAACAGGUAUGCCCCAUCUGCUUAAGGAAUCCGAGGGACAUGGCUUUCCAGUGCGGUCAUCUGACAUGCAGGAAUUGCGGUCCGGCGUUAUCGACCUGCCCCGUGUGCUGUGCCCUGAUCACGCAUGAUGCUCUUCUCGUAAGGAGGGCGCCGCCUUCUGAAGCGGAGGAUCCGCCGUUCCAUCCAAUUUGGUAUCAAGAAUAA